UUAGUGAGCUGCACUGGAUCCCACUCAGGCUCCACACUUGCAAACUAUGCAGCAGGCAUUCAAGCAUUGCACAUUGUGCACAGGUGUAGAUGGGACAUCUAUGAGCAGGAAUACAAGGCCAUCCUAGAAGGCACCACAAGACUAGCCCCCACUUCAUCCAAAUGCCCCCACAGAGCCCCAUUUACUACAGAUACCCUCAAACUUCUACACAGAAUGGUAGACAGAAACAACCCACAUGAUGCAGCAAUUUAUUCCUGUCUGGUGGUAACCUUCUACUGCAUUGCCAGACUGGGAAAAUUCACCAUCUCAUCCAUCUGA